CAUAUACUACUGCUGCAGAAUAAAGCACCUCAUGUGUUGCCUCAGUAUGCAGGAGGAGGAUAAUAACGAUGCUUAGCUUAUAGCUGGAGCUAACUCACUCUGCUAUAGAAAGCUAACUGCAGAUUAGCAUCGUGCUAACUAACUAACCUCAUUCUGCGAUACACAACCUCGAGACAAGUCGGGACAAGACCAGUCUCAGGGCUCACCAUACUCAAUGAGCGGACAGCGCAAUGUCAGAGCGCUCUGGGCAAACUGCAAAGGGGAAGGAAGGCAAAACCAAGUAUGCGUCUCUCAACCUGUUUGAUACAUACAAAGGAAAGAGCCUUGAAACACAAAAGCCUGUUGUUCCCCCCCGCCAUGGCCUGCAGUCUCUUGGUAAAGUUGCCUCCGCACGGCGUAUGCCACCCCCUGCCAACCUGCCCAGUCUGAAGGCGGAGAACAAAGGCAACGAUCCCAACGUCUCGCUCGUUCCCAAAGACGGCACAGGAUGGGCAAGCAAACAGGAACAAGCGGACCCAAAGAGUACCGAUGCAUUGUCAGCACCGCAGCCGGAAUCGCAGCAGCCUGUGGCUUCACCGACACCUGCACCGACCCGCCCGAGAACCCCGCCAGUUUCAGAGGCUCAGGCCCCAGCUUCAACCCAGGCCGUAGGGGCAAGGUCCUGGGCACAGGCCAGUGUUACACAUGGAACACAAGGGGAUGGUGGAAAGGCAUCAAACCUACCGUCGCCAUUCUCUCGCGAGGAAUUUCCCACCCUGCAGGCGGCUGGCGACCAGGACAAAGCUGGCAGAGAACCGGGCACUGCAGAUCAGUGGUAUGGGCCCGGACCAAGCCUCCGCCCCCCGAACGUUACAAGUUGGCGGGACGGUGGGGGCCGUGCCAUGGCGCCCACCAUGUCUGGGGAGGGGGCAGUGGAGGGUGGCACUGGUGGGGCUCUGGUGAUGGAUGGGGCAGCUGGGGUCCCCCUUCCGAACUCUCAGUCCCACGGGCCACCUAGGAACCCUCCCGCAGGCAGCCCCGCCUUGCCCCUACCCCAGCCCCCUGUGGGGCCUGGGUUCCCCCAAUACCGAGGGAUCAUGCCUCCAUACAUGUAUCCUCCCUACCUGCCCUUCCCGGCCCCCUAUGGCCCUCAGGGGCCAUACAGGUACCCGGGACCCGGGGAAGGGCCUGCUCCAAGGUUCUCUCGUGGGCAGGGUGGUCCUCAGGGCGGCCCACGUGACGCAGGUGGAGAGGUGCCAAAGCGACCCUCUAUCCUAAAGCAGGAUGACCUGAAGGAGCUAGAUGAGCUGGACCACGACGGAGAUGAGGGCUGGGCAGGGGCUCACGAGGAGAUCGAUUACUCCGCCAAGUUGAAGUUCAGUGAUGAUGAAGGAGAUGAAGAGGGGGAAGAGGAGAGAUCUGAGAGCAAGAAUGACUUGCGUGAGCAGCAGAGGUCCCAGGAGGCCCCCCCUGCAACCUCUCGCUCUCGAGCCUCGGACAGUGGCGGAGACAACCGCCGCACUCCUCCCUCUAAUGUUGACAACGGCCCCCAACCCCCCUCCAGCAAGCCAGGAUGGGCCGAGGAGGGAGGCAGUGGCUGGCAGGGCCAGGGAGCACCAACCAACUACCAGGGGCGCAGGCCUGGAUUGGGUGGUCCCCGGGAGCAGCCCUCCCCCCCACCUGGGCCGCUCCUUGGACAAGGGCCUUACUCCUUUUACCGACAGGACCGGCCCCAAAACCAGGGCGCCCCUCAAGGCGCGGGGGGGAAACCUGUCCCCACCCAGCAUCAGCCAGCACCAGGAGGCCCUUCUCCUCCUGCCCAGCCGGGCCUGCUGGUGCCCGGACCCCAGGAGAAUGAUGAGGAUGAGACUUGGCGUCAGCGCAGAAAGCAGUCCUCCACUGAGAUCUCUGCUGCUGUGGAGCGAGCCCGUCGCCGCCGCGAGGAGGAAGAACGUAGGAUGGAGGAGGAGAGACGUGCAGCCUGCGCAGAGAAGCUAAAGAGGCUGGAUGAGAAGCAGCAACAGCAGCAGGGCAGCAACGUAGGAGGUGGUGGUAGCACCUGUAAAAGCCCCAGCCCGGAUGGAAACUCUACAGCUGCCCAAGCAGGCAGCCCCAGUCCAUCUAUUUCCGCCUCUGCCUCCUCCCCAAACAUCAGCCAGCCUCCAUCCCCCUGUGUGGACCCUGAUGAGCCUCCAGUGCUGAUUGUCCAGCCGGGGUCCAGUCCUGGAGUCGGUGAACGACAGCGAGCCAGCAGCAACAGCAGCUAUGACUCCAGUGCAGAAACCCCGUGUCCCCAGCCGGCUGUGUCACAGCCACAGCAGCCCACGCUGGACGUACCUUUACCAGGAGAGAAUAAGGAAGAGACCAUUGGCAGCUCACACAUUCGUGCAGGAAGUGGAGGUGAAAGAGGAGUCGACCCAGUGAAGAUUGAGAAUAUCGGAGGGGGAGCAGGUCGUCAAGCCAGUGGUCCUCCUGGCCAGGGUUACUCAAAGUACCAGAAGUCUCUUCCACCUCGAUUUCAGAGGCAGCAACAGGAGCAGCUCCUGAAGCAGCAGCAGCAGUGGCAGCAGCAGCAGCAGCAACAGCAGCAGCAGCAGCAGCAGCAGCACAGCCAGGCAUCACAAAGCCAGCUGUCCCCCCAGCCCCAGGCUCCACAGGGUCCUUCACCAGGUCCAACGCCCCAGCCGGGGCCCGGACCCAAGCAGGGUGGACCCAUGUAUCAACCCACCAACAUGGUCCGACCCCCGCCCCUGCAAAUGAAUUUCGACCCUCGCUGGAUGAUGAUGCCCUACAUGGACCCCCGCAUGAUGCAGGGCCGCCCUCCGCCUAUGGACUACUAUUCAGCAGGCAUGCACCCGUCAGGGCUUAUCGGGCGUGAGCGGUCUGAUUCGGGGGGAUCCGGUUCAGACCCCUUUGACAGGCAGCAACAGCAUCCAGGGCACCCUCACCGUGGGACCCCCCCUAUGGAUCCUAAGCUGGCCUGGGGGCAGGAAGUGGCGUUCCCUGGCGGAGGGGAGGGCCGUGGGCUUACAUCCCCCCACAGGCAGAAGCAGACUUUGGAGGAUGACGAUGUGGCCAAAGGGUCUAGGAGCGACACUCCUCCACACCGCAUGCGAGAAGGUGGAUUGGGACCCAUCCAGCAGCCCAGCUCCACCUCUGGGACAUCCAACCAGACUCCACCUCCAGUUGGGACUCAAGUUGGAACCCAGGGAGGUGGCCACCACCCUCAUCACUACAUGAGCGGGCGGGGCAACUACAGCAACUUCCCUGACCAGGGUGGGCGGAUGCAUCCCCACCAGCAGCAGCAGCAGCAGCAGCAGCAGCAGCAGCAGAGGGCGGAGAGGGGAAAUCAGCCGCAUGGCUACACCCACCAGGAAGAAGGGCCUCCACGAGGGUCUCAGCAGGGACAGAUAUGGGGAGCCCAACACCCUCACUACGAUCGCAACGGUCGUGCCGAUCAUCCCCCUAUUGAGAGCAACUCUCAUCUCCACCACCAUCACGGCCACCACCCUCAACAGCCACACUUCCCUCACCACCCCCAUAAGUCGGAGAACAGCCGAGACAGGGUUGUUGAGGCCCCUGCCAAGAAGACAGACUCUUCUCCCCCAAUCCACCAACCUUCCCUCUCAUCCUCCUGCUCUUCCUCCUCCUCCUCUUCUGCCAGGGAAGACGGGAAUGUCAAAGCUGCCCUGCAUCAUCACCCAUCCCAGAGAGAAAGUGAAGCUGGUGUUGGGCACAGUCAUGGUGAAAGAGGCAACAGUGGCAGUGCCGGCAGUAGCAGCCACGUGAAACAGGAGAAAACAGGGCCAGCAUAUGCUCCCCAUUCCUCCAUGACCGCUAGCCCACCACCCUCUCAACAUGGCAGUCAUACUCAGCCUCAGCAGCAGCACCCUCAUCCUAAAUCAAACCAAAGAGGGGGGCGGGAGCACAAGACCGAGACCCAGUGGGGCCCACGACCUGGCAGCAGCAAUACGGGUGGGGGGUCCUCUCAUGGUAGGAGGGCCAACAAUGCAGGAGGUGGGAACAGCUCUCGUGGAGGGGAUGACUCCUCCAACACUCCAUCAGACCACAAACCCUCCCACCAGACAGGAGGCAGCAAUGCCAACAGGAGGGCUGGACCCAUUAAGAAGCCAGUGCUGAAAGAGAUGAAGAGAGACGGAGGGGAAGCUGAUGGAGGAGAAAAAACAAGCUUUGGGAAAGAUAAAGAGAAAGAUGGCGGCCAACCCACCUCCAUGAAGCAGGAAGCCUCCUCCACCUCCCAGAACACAUCAGCUCCAUCUAAAGAAGAGCAAGCCCAGACAGCCAAACCCAGGAAUGGAGGAAAAGAACGAUCCUCAGGAGGAGGCGGUGGCGGGUCUGGUAGAGGCCCCAAAGAUGUAGAUACCACUUCUUCAGGAUUUUCAGGGUCCUCCUCCAGGAGGGACAGGGACCGCUCCUUUGAGAGAGGAGUGGGCGCCUCCCACCACCAUGGAGUCCCCGCCAAAGGCGGCAGACCCAGUCGCGGACGAGGGGGAGAGUUCUACGGGCGCGGGCGUGGUUACCGCGGCACCUUCACGGCUGCUGCUGGGCCCACUGGUGGCGGUCGGGGCAGAAUGGGUGGCAGGAGCGGCAGAGACUACCGUUCAUCUGUUGGCGGUGGCCACCACCAUGAGUCCAAGGUCGAGGGGGGCGGUGGCAGUGGCAGGCACGGUCAGGAUCGGUCCCAGCAUAACCCGGCCAGGGCGAGGAACCGAAGUGAAACCCGCAGUGAGGGUUCAGAGUAUGAGGAAAUCCCCAAGAGAAGGAGAGAGAGGGGUUCAGAGACUGGCAGUGAGAGUGGUGCAAGUGACCUUGGUCACUCAGACAAGGAAGACCACCAGAAACCCAACACCAAGAAUGGCUCUGAUAAUGCCAACACCACUGGUGGUGGCAACAUGUCAUCUGCACCACCCAGAGGUUCCCAAGCCCGGGUCUUCACCCCCAGGGGUGUGCCCUCUAGGAGGGGCAGGGGUGGAGGUAGUGGAGGAGGAAACAGCUACAGAAGUGGUGGCAAUGUUGGAGGACCACCUGGGGGACACCGAGUUGGACCCAGCUCAGCCUCUCACGGUGGGUCCUCCAAGUCAUCAGCCUCAGCCCGAAAACAGCAAGGCCCGCCACAAACCUCUGGACCCAAAGACUUUGGCAGGGGAGGAAAUGGAGGAGAGAAGAAAGACAAGAUAGCUGAUGCAAGUCAAAGUCAAAGUCAGGGGACCAAUCCCCCUCAGCCGUCUUUGCCGGCUGCAACUCCUGCCACUUUAUGUUCCACUGAAAAUGGAGGAGUCGUGGCCCAGCAAGCUUCAACCAACCCUACGCCAAACCCUGGAGGGCCAAACACGCUCCCUCUUCCCACUAACCGUGGGUUCCCUCCCAGUGGGUUUGAGCGACCCCCUAGACGUCGCCGUCACGGGCGGUCCCAGCACCAGCAGGACAAGCCCCCCCGCUUCCGGAGACUGAAGGAGCGAGAGAACGCCGCACGUAUCAACGGAGGAGUGGGGGUCAUCGGGGGAGGAAGGCCCUCCUCUCCUUCCCUGAAUUCAGUUCAGGACAGUAACGGAGCCCCAAUCUCUGCUCCCGUGACGGCCAAUGCCCAAAAUGCUAACCACAACACCACACUAACAACCAACAAUAACAGUGGUGGCGGGCAUCUUAGCAAUGCUAAUAGUCACCACCAUCACCACUACAACCAGGGCAACGCUGGGCAGACCCACCCCCAGCACCACCACAGCCAUGGAGCAAAGUCCCCCGACUUCACCAACCAGAACUCGGACCAGGCCAACGAGGAGUGGGAGACCGCCUCCGAGAGCAGCGACUUCACAGAAUUCAGAGACAGGGAGGGAGGUGGAGGGAAGUCCUAUUCUUCCCACCAUCCCCACCACCUGGGAAGGGGUGGAGGGGGUGGCGGAGGCGGAGGUGCGGUCGACCGUGACAUGGCGGGAAAAGAGCCCUUGGCUAAUAAAAGAAGCUUCUCAAGCCAGCGUCCUGGCAUGGAGCGACAGAACCGGAGGGUCAACCCUGGAGGAGGUGGAGGCGGAGGGGGAGGAAGAGGCCCACGAGGGCCGCCUGGUGGCGGCUCAGGCGGGCCUGGUAAUGGAGGCGGCAACCGCGGGGAUAGGCGUGGCAACUGGCCCUCCCCGAAAAAUAGGAAAUGAUGAAAUAUUUCAAAACAUUUCAGAUGAACCCCACCCACAUUAAAACCACCCUCUUACAUCUUAAUCCCUUUUUGAUAAUUACUUCAUGGCUUAUCUGUUGGCAUCCCUAAACAUAUUAGUGCAUUGUACAGUAUAUGGAGAUGGUAUUCACAUUCACUUUAGCGCCCCAACCCAGCCCGGUCACCUCUUUCCCUUUGCAUCAAUCUACUAUCUACCGUCCGUUAUUGUAAAUUUCUCCGUUUGUUCCGUCUUGCUCUCCGUUCAGUUGUUCCCCUCCCCUCCCCUCCCUUUUCCUCAAGAAUCUCACCCCAGUUGGAUUUGACAAGCAUGUGGUUCUGCAAAUGAGAGGUGCACGUCGUUUUGACAGAAAGACAUUCACACAGAGCUCCACACACACACACUCGCAUAUACAAGCACAAAUAUGACAUCUUUACAAACACAAGGAACACAUGCAGUCAUGUGGGUGCAAAAAUUAAAACGUGGGAUUAAAUUGGCGCAAAUGUUUGGAUUGGGCUGAUUUUUAUAUAUAUGUACCUGUGUAUAUUUCUACCACACUUUGGCCUUGGGUGGUAUUCAGUAGUGCAGUUCUGCAUUACUUCCCUCAAAAAAGGGAAAGAGUGCAGCUUCAUCUUUUAAAGAGAACAAUGUACCAUAAUAUUUUGUUUUCUCUUUGUGUCUUUUUUUUUUCGGCCUUGUGUCAGAUGAGUUUCAUCCUCUGGGAAAUAUUAGGGGUGUGUUUUUCCUUCUAAAAAGCAGGUCAUUAAAAUACCUUUUUACUAAAUUCCCCCAAUUCCUCCUUUUGCUGACUUUUUGGUCUCCUACAAACUAUGUCUCUGAUUACUGUGAUAAGACCCAUUGAAGUACUACUGCUCAGUGCUCACCUCCACUUUGCAUUGAUUUGUCUUGAAUAUCAAUGUCUCUGCUGCUUGUUCAGAUAGAUGGUGUGAUUUUUGCCCCUCUUCCUAGUUGUUGACCUGCUCUGACAUUUCAUUAGCUAUUGGUUGGUCCUUUUUUAGGCUUUUUUCAGCCUCAUCGUAGCAUCCUCCUCACAUGCAGAAGUUCUGCAUAAAUCAAAGUUUCCCCAAGUUGUAUUCUGUCAUUCAUGAGUUUUGUUUACCCUAUGAAGACUGUAUUGAUAGCUUGAUGGCUUUAUUUUAACAACCAUUAUUUCCUCAGUGACUUUCAUUUUUAUGGAAACACUUUUUUUUUUUCUCUCUCUCUGAAGAUGAAAUACCUAUCGAUCUUGUAAGGGGGGGGGAUUAGUUAAAUGAAAAUGUAGGUCAUGAUAAAAAAGAAAAAAAAGUUUGACUUUCAUAAAAAUUGCUUAUGCUUCAAUAGGUAAUUGAAUAUGUUCUAAUAAGCACUCCUUGUAGUAUAACAAAAACCCACAGUUGCUGUUUAUUUUUCUUCUUCUUUGUGUUUGUUUUUGGGCGAGUUACAUGUGAUGCAACAGGACAGGUACUCUGUCUGGGCCCAGAGUACAGAGCUAGGCUGAGUAUUGUACUAUUACACCACCACCCCCCCACCCCCACAGACACCUCCUCUGUGCUCUUGUGGAGCCUCCUCACACCAAGAAAGGACUACUACCAAGAGCUCCUUGUCUAAAGGAAGUAUUUUUUGUGUGUUCUCGGGAUGGCUGUUUCAGUGCAGAAGCCCAAACUAAUUGAAUUCAGAACAAUGCUGACAAGGUGUCACGCGAGUCACUUUCUUACGGUUAACACGGUUUCCAAGAUUUUACUCGAAACAAAUAAUGCCAACCCGGAAGCGUUGAGGAAAUAUCGGAUUGAUGUUAGGAUUACACUUGUAAACAUAGUUUGUAUCAUACACAAAAGACAUAAAAAUGGCACACGGAGGCAUCCAAGGUGAACUAAAAAUCGAUUUGUACAUCUGCAUCAAUUCUGUCGCUGCUGUAAGUUGGGGUUUGUGUUUGUUUACUGACAACAGUUUGAAGAUCGUCUCUGGGAUGUUGUGAGUAGGGCAUUUGAUGAAUUUGUGUGCGUGCGUGCGUGUAUGUGUGAGUGGCAUGUGUGCAUUUUCUGGUGUUUGUGUAAUAACUGGGGGAAGGGGUGGGGGACCAGAGGGGUUAACAUGAAUGGCAAGCACGCUCUGCCUUGUUUGCCCACAACCAAUAUCAUUUAAGACAAUUCUACUGUUUCUUAAAUACAUCAACGUGUAUACAUUCAGCUGUGUGUAUAUGUUCAUCAUCCAAAUGAAGAAUAUGCAGUGGAAAACACCUGUUUUUGUGUGUGCGCGUGUGUGUAAUUUAAUCAUACAUUCUUCUGCAGGCAAGUGAAGUUGGACAUAUUUUUAUUUUUCUCACUUCUAAGCAUGAACACACACCCAUGGGUGCAGCUUGCCUUGCCUGUUAACUGGUUUCUACAUUGAUAGCUGUACACUUAACACUGGCUCAAAGAGUCCUUCAUCCCUCCUUAACUCUUACUGUUGAUGUGCGCAUUAUUUUAUGUACCCAUGUUAAAAAGAAAACAAAAGUAGUGUAUUCCAGAAAAAAAAAAUUACUCAAAGAUUGUACUAUAUUUCCAGCAUUACCGAGGUACCUGGAGUGGUUCAAACUGUUUUUUAGCAUUUAUGGUUUUAUUAAUGGAACCGUAAUAUACACACAUGUAUGUAUAUUGGUAUGUAUCUAAGUUUUGUCUACCCCAACUUACAUUCCCACAAACAAAUGUUGCCAUUUUUAGUUCAAGGGAGCAAUGUACAAGCAGAGAAGUGUCUUAUUAUAAUAAAGUUAUACAGAGAAGGCAAAGUUAAAUAAACUACUUUUGAUUUAAUGGAAAA